UAAGAAAAACAAACUCUCGCUAGCUCCUCCAUGAUGACAGUUACUGGUAUAUAGAUGGCGAUCAGAGACAGAUGAACUCAAGCUUGUUGCGGAUGACUGAUGAUUUUCGUGCGAUUGAUUGCGAUUUUCCACCAGCGAAGAAUGAGAAGGCAAGGCACACGCUGCCUUCUCCAUUCUCUUUCAGAUCCUUCCGCAAGAUCGACUAACCGGAGCCUUCUAUUGACAGAUUCAAUCGCAACUGGAAAUUGAUGGAGAAACUAUGCUUUCAGCUCAAACGAUUCUGAUUCCGAAAGCUUCGUCGCGACUUACUCUUCUCGGUGGUCUCCAAAAAUCGUCUAUUUUUAUGGCUCUCCAUGCUCGUAAUCGUUGUUUGAGGAAAUUCAUUGUGAGUAGCUUUCGACCGACUUCUAUGUUUCACCAUGAUGCCUCAUCAAAUUCUUCUGAUAGAUUCAUACUGAACAAAAUCAUGACAAAAUCUCUUCCAACAAAUAGUGUUGAUGAAAUAUUUAAAUCCCUCAGCCACGAUCAAACUUGCAAAUCACUCCCAAUAUCUGAUCAUGUUAUGGAUACUAUACUUUAUAGAUACAGAGAUGAUUGGAAGUCUGCAUUAGGCAUUUUUAAAUGGGUGAGGUCUCUUCCACAUUACAAACCUUCCCAGAAACUGUAUGAUAUUAUGAUUGAUAUAUUAGGUAAAGCAAAAUCAUUCGAUAGUAUGAAGGAACUAUUAGAGGAAAUGCGGCAAGACAAUAAUGUCACCCUACACACGAUAGCUAAGGUUAUGAGAAGGUUGUCUGGUGCAGGAAAGUGGGAAGAUGCAGUCAAGGUGUUUGACGAAUUGACAACUUUUGGAUUGGAAAAGAAUACAGAAUCCAUGAAUCUAUUGCUCGACACUCUCUGCAAAGAGGAGAGAAUCGAUGAAGCUCGUUCGGUUUUCCUUCAACUCAAACCGAACAUCGUUCCAAAUGCUUACACGUUCAACAUCUUCAUUCACGGCUGGUGCAAGGUGAAUCGUGUGGAUGAGGCUCAUUGGACGAUCCAAGAGAUGAAAGGAUACGGUUAUCCCCCUUGUGUAAUCAGCUACUCGAUAAUCAUCCAAUCGUAUUGUCUUAUAAAAAACUUCUAUAAAGCCUACGAAACCCUAAAAGAGAUGAAAGACCAAGGCUGCCCGCCGAACAUCAUCACAUACACAACAAUCAUGAGUCUUUUGGUAAAAUCGGAGGAGUACGAAGAAGCCUUAAGAAUAGCAGACGAAGCUAGAAGAACAGAUGAAUGCAAACCGGACACACUCUUCUACAACGUAUUGAUAAUCGCUCUAGGGAAAGCAAACCGACUGGAAGAAGCUGUUAAUGUUUUCAAGGUAGAGAUGAUGAAAACGAAGGCUAAGCCGAGUACAUCAACCUUCAAUUCAAUGAUUAUGAUCUUUUGCCAUAAUAAACUCGAAGAGAAGGCUCUGGAAGUCCUCGGGGAAUUGGAGGAUUCGGCUUUUUGUAGACCGGAUGCUCAAUCGUUCUAUCCAUUGAUAAAAUUGUGCCUUAGAAAUAGGAAGUUGGAUUUGUUGAGGAUUUUGUUGGAUAAGAUGGUUAACAAGCAUCUUAUCGGAUUUAACCUAGCGACGUAUACUCUUCUGAUACACGGGCUUUGUAGGGCGGAUGAGUGUGAAUGGGCUUAUCAACUGUUUGAGGAGAUGAUUAGCAAAGACAUAAUGCCUUCACAACUUACUUUCCAAUUUCUUUUGGAUGAAAUAAAGCAACGAACGCACAUGUAUGAUGCAGCUGAGAGGAUAGAAGUCUUCAUGAAGCAAAAGUGAUAGCUUUUGAGGUAAAGAAGAGAAACUGAGUGAACAUGAAGAUAAAAUCCCGUGUCAAUGGAAUCCUCCCAAGAUUCCAGUCAGCGACGUCUAUGAAAGAAGAUGGAUGUUUGAUGUCUUUUCCAGAUAUAAGUUAAAAAAGGUGUCGAAAACAGUGGCCAUCCAAGGUGGUUAUUCUGACCUUCAAUUACUCAAUAAAGGAGAAAUCUUGGGCCAUAUAUUGCACAAGUACACUGAGCUUCACAUAGGAAUGGUUCAGGUAGCAGUCAAUCCCCUUUACUAUACAAGGCCUGAAUUGCUCUGUUUUUGUUUGUCUCCGCGAUGGUAGUGUGUUAUCAUUUGGGGACUCUCGGUUAGAAGUUGUCAAGACAUCUCUCAGCAACGGUCCCAUAUAUUUCGUUAACCAUCCGGGUAAAAAGGUUUCAUUGGAGGUCAGCACAACAAACAUCCUAGACAAAUUAACCUUGAACAUCAGAACGACUGGACUCCCUAAGGAGGGCGGUCAGGGACAUUUAGUGGUUGUUUAUAGGAUUUUCUAUAAGGUAUUGGUCGGGUGCCAAUCAAAGUCUAAAAAGGUUUCUAAACAAGGUGGAACCAUUUUUGUGGAAUCCAACUUUUUGAGGCAUGACAAGGUUGGUUCUGAUUGUACAAGUUAUCAACUGGAGUUCUUUAUUGUAUCCAAACAAAUGGAUCACAUAUGAGGAUGCUGGUGGCAGUGGAAGCGGGCGAAAAACUUGGUGAACAAAACGGGGCUUGCUCUUCUUCGACCAAGAAUUGUUUAACUCGGCGGCUCACAGGGCGGUCUGAUGUGGCUCCAGAGUGAACCAGUGGAUCUUUUUCCAUGACUUUGCUGAAUGGUCAAAAUGGGGAAUAUAAGUCCUCUCAUAGGGACUAAUGGAGAGAUUAGGAGGAAUUGUAGGGUGGUUAAUUAAUUAAUUAUGUUUGCCGUUUAAAUUAAAUUAUUUAAAAAAAAAAAAUCUAUACUCAUAAUUAUUAUCUUAUUAAUUAAUUUGAAAUA